AUGUUCACCGACCGCUGACUAUUCUCUACAAACCACAAAGAUAUUGGAACACUAUACCUACUAUUCGGUGCAUGAGCUGGAGUCCUGGGCACAGCCCUAAGUCUCCUUAUUCGGGCUGAACUAGGCCAACCAGGCAACCUCCUAGGUAAUGACCACAUCUACAAUGUCAUCGUCACAGCCCAUGCAUUCGUAAUAAUCUUCUUCAUAGUAAUGCCUAUUAUAAUCGGAGGCUUUGGCAACUGGCUAGUUCCCUUGAUAAUUGGUGCCCCCGACAUGGCAUUCCCCCGCAUAAACAACAUAAGCUUCUGGCUCCUGCCCCCUUCUCUCCUACUUCUACUUGCAUCUGCCAUAGUAGAAGCCGGCGCGGGAACAGGUUGAACAGUCUACCCUCCCUUAGCGGGAAACUACUCGCAUCCUGGAGCCUCCGUAGACCUAACCAUCUUCUCCUUACAUCUGGCAGGCAUCUCCUCUAUCCUAGGAGCCAUUAACUUCAUCACAACAAUUAUUAAUAUAAAACCUCCUGCCAUGACCCAAUACCAAACACCCCUCUUCGUCUGAUCCGUCCUAAUCACAGCAGUCUUACUUCUCCUAUCCCUCCCAGUCCUAGCUGCUGGCAUCACCAUACUAUUGACAGAUCGUAACCUCAACACUACCUUCUUCGACCCAGCCGGGGGAGGAGACCCUAUUCUAUAUCAACACUUAUUCUGAUUUUUUGGCCACCCCGAAGUUUAUAUUCUUAUCCUACCAGGCUUCGGAAUAAUUUCCCACAUUGUAACUUAUUACUCCGGAAAAAAAGAACCAUUUGGAUAUAUAGGCAUGGUUUGAGCUAUAAUAUCAAUUGGCUUCCUAGGGUUUAUCGUGUGAGCACACCAUAUAUUUACAGUAGGGAUAGACGUAGACACCCGAGCCUAUUUCACCUCCGCUACCAUAAUCAUUGCUAUUCCUACCGGCGUCAAAGUAUUCAGCUGACUCGCUACACUUCACGGAAGCAAUAUGAAAUGAUCUGCCGCAGUACUCUGAGCCCUAGGGUUUAUCUUUCUCUUCACCGUAGGUGGCCUAACCGGCAUUGUACUAGCAAACUCAUCAUUAGACAUCGUGCUACACGACACAUACUACGUCGUAGCCCACUUCCACUACGUUCUAUCAAUAGGAGCUGUAUUCGCCAUCAUAGGAGGCUUCAUUCACUGAUUCCCCCUAUUCUCAGGCUAUACCCUAGACCAAACCUAUGCCAAAAUCCAAUUUGCCAUCAUGUUCAUUGGCGUAAACCUAACCUUCUUCCCACAGCACUUCCUUGGCCUAUCUGGGAUGCCCCGACGUUACUCGGACUACCCCGAUGCAUACACCACAUGAAAUGUCCUAUCAUCCGUAGGCUCAUUUAUCUCCCUGACAGCAGUAAUAUUAAUAAUUUUCAUGAUUUGAGAAGCCUUUGCUUCAAAACGAAAAGUCCUAAUAGUAGAAGAGCCCUCCGCAAACCUGGAAUGACUAUAUGGAUGCCCCCCACCCUACCACACAUUCGAAGAACCCGUAUACAUAAAAUCUAGA